CGGUGAGGCUCCGCACGGAGCCUCUUUCCGCAGCCCCCGCUCCCCUCGGCCGGGCGGUGCUCGGGGCGGGCGGCCCGGCGGGGUGAGGCCGAGGGUGGGCGCUGCCCCGCCGACGGCUGCGGGGCCGGGAUGCGGGCGCUGCGCGGGGCGGCGCUGGCGCUGCUGCUGGCGGCGGCGCUGGGCCCGAGCCCGGGCCGGCCUCACCCGCAGUGCCUGGACUUCAAGCCGCCGUUCCGGCCGCCGCGGCCCCUCGCUUUCUGCCGGCGAUACGGCGCUUUCGGCUGCUGCGAUGCGCGGCGCGACCGGGCGCUGCUCCAGCGAUUCUACAGCCUCAGCGCCCACCUGGACGGACCCACGUACUCCGCCUGCGCCGGGCACCUGCAGGACCUGCUCUGCCAGGAAUGUUCUCCAUAUGCAGCUCACUUGUAUGAUGCUGAGGAUCCCUCCACCCCCGUGCGGACCAUACCAGGACUUUGCCAGGACUAUUGCCAGCAAGUAUGGCAAAAAUGCCGGUCCAUUUUUCAUUAUCUCUCUACAGACCAGGAGUUGAUUGCACUGGAGAACAACAUGGCAAAAUUCUGCCGCUAUCUGUCCCUGGAGGACACGGACUACUGCUUCCCACACCUGCUGGCUAACGAGAACCUUAACCAAAACCUGGGGUUGGUGACGGCUGAUGCAGAGGGCUGCCUCCAGCUCUGCCUCAUGGAGGUGGCCAACGGGCUGCGCAAUCCCGUUGCGAUGGUGCACGCCAACGAUGGUACCCACCGGUUCUUCAUCGCCGAGCAGGUUGGCCUGGUGUGGGCCUACCUCCCUGACCGCUCCAGGCUUGAAAAACCUUUUCUGAACAUCAGUGAAGCCGUGCUUACCUCACCUUGGGAAGGAGACGAGAGAGGUUUUCUAGGUAUUGUCUUCCAUCCUAAAUUCAAAUUUACUGGUAAAGUGUAUGUCUACUAUUCAGUUGAAGUUCGUUAUGAAGAGAGAAUCCGAAUCAGUGAGUUCAGAAUUUCUCCUGGUGACAUGAAUACUGUGGACCAUGGUUCUGAAAGGAUAAUCCUGGAAAUAGAAGAACCAGCUUCCAAUCAUAAUGGAGGAGAGCUGCUCUUUGGCGAUGAUGGUUAUCUCUAUAUAUUUACUGGAGAUGGAGGCAUGGCUGGAGAUCCUUUUGGGACCUUUGGAAAUGCCCAGAACAAAUCAGCACUGCUGGGCAAAGUGCUGCGGAUCGAUGUGAACAACAAUGACCGGGGUCCUGUGUACAGAAUCCCCCCUGACAACCCCUUCAUUGAUGACCCACAGGCUCGACCUGAGGUCUAUGCCUAUGGAGUGAGGAAUAUGUGGCGCUGCUCAUUCGAUAGAGGCGAACCUGAUACGAAAGAAGGGAAGGGGCGUCUCUUCUGCGGGGAUGUGGGACAGAACAAAUAUGAAGAGAUUGACAUUGUAGAGAAGGGGAAAAACUACGGCUGGAGGGCAAGGGAAGGAUUCAGCUGUUAUGAUAAAAAGCUUUGCGUCAAUUCUUCAUUGGAUGAUGUGCUUCCAAUCUAUGCAUAUCCACACAAAAUGGGGAAAUCCGUUACAGGAGGCUAUGUCUAUCGAGGCUGUGAGUCUCCAAACUUGAAUGGCCUGUACAUAUUUGGUGAUUUUAUGAGUGGACGCCUGAUGUCUUUGAAGGAGGAUCGUGCUACGGGAGAGUGGCAAUACAGUGAAAUCUGCAUGGGGACAGGACAAACCUGCAUGUUCCCUGGGCUCAUCAAUAACUAUUACCAAUACAUAAUCUCUUUUGCUGAAGAUGAAGCAGGAGAACUUUACUUCAUGUCUACUGGUGUACCAAGUGCCACAGCCCCGCAUGGAGUGGUGUACAAAGUGGUGGACACCUCCAGGAGAGCACCGCCAGGAAAAUGCCAAGUUGAGCCGCUGCCAGUGAAAGUAAAAAGCAAGCUCGUAAAAUUCGUGCCAAAGGAGAAACUCAUUGUGAAGACACCAACGCCACGUCCCCGGCUGAAGACCACGACUGAGGCCCCAAGGAGAGGCCGGCCGGACACACCAGCUCUGGACCGGGUGGACCAAGCCCCAGUGAACCGCAGUGUAAUGCCAGUCCCCACCAUGACACCACGCCCCAAGCCUGGAAAGGGGGAAAGGAAGGGACAGCGAAGGAAGAAGAAACCCCGCAAUGGGGCCGUGAGGCUGAUGGAUGGUGGCAGCCGCGGACGGAGCUGGGGCCGAGUAGAGGUCUAUGUGGAUGGAGAGUGGGGCACAGUGUGCGAUGAUGGCUGGAGCACCGCAGCCGCUGCUGUGGUGUGCCGCCAGCUGGGCUUCCCCUAUGUGGUACGGGCCAGCAAGAAGGCAGAAUUUGGGGAAGGGACUUCGCUUCGUAUUCUUCUGGAUGAUGUCCAGUGCUCUGGGCAGGAGAAGACUCUGCUGGAGUGUGCCCAUGCUGAGGUUGGUACACAUAAUUGCUCCCAUGAGGAAGAUGCUGGUGUGGUGUGCAGCAGGGAGGAGGUGGCAGACUGGUGAUGUGUCCUGGAGAAGACAACUGAGGGACAAAGAGCACAUCCCCUUCCUAAUCAACCCUCUAGAGCAGCAUAUAUAUUGAAGGCUUUCCCUGCCUGGGGGAUGCUGCAUCUAUUUGAAGUAAUCUUGGUGUUUUCUUCAUCCACACUCAUCUGCCUUGGAGAGAAAAAGAAAAAGUAAAAUUCAGUGAUAACUUGAGCGUGUCCUGACCAAUGGAUGGGUUUGUAUGGGAUCUUUUACAAGAAGAAAACCCAAACCUCCUCAAUUACAGAUAAAGAAAAAAGACGCAUACAGUUGCCCUUUCACCAUACAAAAUGCAGCAUUCCACAACCAAGCUUCACAAUGUUUGGCUGAAAAAGAAAUUCCCAAAUGGCUGUUUCAGUCUUUCUUAUGCAGGUGUUGGCACUGUUCUUGCUUUGCUGGUUGCAGCUCUCAGUGGUGGUUUUGAAGUGUGCAUAAGUCAGUGCCUUUCUUUGCAGAGUACAGAAGUAGGCAUUUUGGCUAACUUUCUACAUGCUAGUUGAAGGGAAUAAGAUUCUCUUGUAAUGCUUAACGUUGGUGUAAGUCUAUGGAAUAUCAAAGGUAACUGCAUCUAACCAACAGUCUGGUGAAUUAGAAAAUGUACUGCCUAGAAAACCCUUCUUCAGGUUACUCUUGUCUGAGAGAAAAGACAAUCAGAUCUUUUUUACAUGAACAGAAACAUCAUCCACUUGAACACAGAAGAUACUCUGUACAUGUUCUCUGCUUUAUCAAGCAUUGUGAAACCACAUAUUUUUGCAUUCAGUUUUCACAGCUGUGAAGGACUUAAUGUACUGGGGUGAUAACCCUGUAAUUAUUUACCCCUUUCUAAAAAAUAUUAAAAAUAAAUCACAACAAUACGC